GGCGGUGCGGGUGCCCGCCCGCGUUCUCGGGGCCGUGCGUGGGCCGCCCGCGCCGCCGCGCGCACCGGAGCAGGCCGGGGCUUGCGGCGCAGGGGCAGGGCCGGGGCCGCCCGCAGAGGCGCAUCCCGCGGGGCCGGGGGGGCUGCGGGCGGGGGCCGGAGCAGCGGCGACCUUGCACGAGCGGCGGCGGCGCGGGGUGCGCAAGGGCUGUGUCAGGAGCCAGUGGAGCCGUGAGCCAAGCUGGGUGGGAGGAUGGCUGAGAAGCUGGUGCCUGGGGACCUAUUCCUGAGGAAGACCCGGGAGUCAGUGUCAUCCCUGGACUCGGACAAGCUGGCACCCAUCUCACCCGAGGCGGGUGGUGAGGAGUCGUCUGACAGCGAGGGCGAGCAGGAGGACAGUUCCCACAAGCUCAUCCGGAAGGUGUCCACCUCGGGGCAGAUGAGGAGCAAGAAGAGCGUGAAGGAGGGACUGUUGCUGAAGCAGACGAGCUCCUUCCAGCGGUGGAAGAGGCGAUACUUCAAGCUGCGGGGCAGGACGCUCUAUUACGCCAAGGAUGCCAAGUCCCUGAUCUUCGACGAGGUGGACCUGUCUGAUGCCAGCGUGGCUGAGACCAGCACCAAGAACAUCAACAACAGUUUCACGGUGAUCACGCCAUUCCGGAAGCUCAUCCUAUGUGCGGAGAACCGGAAGGAGAUGGAGGACUGGAUCAGCGCCCUGAAAUCUGUCCAGAAGUGGGAGAUCCAUGAGGCCACGCAGUUCAACAUGGAGCACUUCUCAGGCAUGCACAACUGGUACGCCUGCUCCCAUGCCCGUCCCACCUUCUGCAACGUGUGCCGCGAGGCUCUGCCAGGGGUCACCUCCCAUGGCCUCUCCUGUGAAGUCUGCAAGUUCAAGGCACACAAGCGCUGCGCUGUCAGAGCCACCAACAACUGCAAGUGGACAACCCUGGCUUCCAUCGGCACUGAAAUUAUUGAGGAUGAGGACGGGGUGGCCAUGCCCCACCAGUGGCUGGAGGGGAACCUGCCCGUCAGCGCGCGCUGUGCUGUCUGCGACAGGACCUGCGGCAGCGUCAGGAGACUGCAGGACUGGCGGUGUCUCUGGUGCAAGGCCAUUGUUCACAGUGCCUGCAAGGAGCUCUUUGGCAAGAGGUGCCCUCUGGGCCAGUACAAAGUGUCCAUCAUCCCGCCGACCGCCUUGAACAGCAUUGAUUCCGAUGGUUUCUGGAAGGCCACGUGCCCCUCCAGCUGCUCCAGUCCGCUCCUGGCCUUCGUCAACUCCAAGAGUGGGGACAACCAGGGCGUCAAGUUCCUACGCAAGUUCAAGCAGUUCCUCAACCCAGCCCAAGUCUUCGACCUCAUGAACGGGGGCCCACACCUGGGGCUACGCCUCUUCCAGAAGUUCUCCACCUUCCGGAUCCUGGUGUGUGGGGGGGACGGCAGCGUGGGCUGGGUGCUCUCCGAGAUCGAUGCCCUGGGCCUUCACAAGCAAUGCCAGCUGGGCGUCCUGCCCCUGGGCACCGGCAAUGACCUGGCGCGGGUGCUGGGCUGGGGCAGCCUGUGCGACGACGACACCCAGCUGCUGCAGAUCCUUGAGAAGCUGGAGAGAGCUACCACCAAGAUGCUGGACCGGUGGAGCGUGCUGACGUACGAGGUGCCCAAGCAGUCCCCCCCGGCGCUGAAGGAGGAGAACGGGGACUCUAACAUCCAGGCCCAGAUCUCCCACUACGCUGACUCUGUUGCCUUCCACCUGGCUAAGAUCCUGGAGUCAGACAAGCACUCGGUGGUGAUCUCCUCUGCAAAGUUUCUCUGCGGCACCGUCAAUGACUUUGUGGCCGAGGUUGGGCGCGCUUACAAGAGGGCAACAGAGAACAAGCAGGAGGCUGAGCUGAUGGCGCGGAAGUGCGCCAUGCUGAACGAGAAGCUGGACUCACUGGUGCGGGAGCUCAGCGAGGAAGCUCAGGCCAUUGUGGUCCCUGAGGGAAUUGUGCAGGCCACCCCUGCCGACACCAAGGACCAGGAGAAGGGCGGCAGCUUCAACCCCAGCCCCGUGCCUCGCAUCUUCAAAUCCAAGGAGCAGCUCAUGCUGCGGGCAAACAGCCUGAAGAAAGCCCUGCGGCAGAUCAUCGAGCAGGCGGAGAAAGCUGUGGAUGAGCAGAACAAGCAGACCCAAGUAUACCAGGGCAGUGUGGGCCCCAGCAAGGACAGUUCAGAGGAGCUCAACAAGGAGGAGGAGAGGCUGAGCUCCCAGCAGGAGAUGGUGACCUCUGCAUCUUCCUCUGUCAUCCUGGACCGGCCAGACACCUUUGGCAGCUUGCAAUUCCCUGAAGACCCCAGUGCCCUCCACUUCUCAGAGAAAUGUGUCAUGAACAACUACUUUGGCAUCGGCCUGGAUGCCAAGAUCUCCCUGGAGUUCAACAACAAACGGGAUGAGCACCCCAAGAAGUGCAGUAGCCGCACCAAGAACAUGAUGUGGUAUGGGGUGCUGGGCACGAAGGAGCUCCUGCAGCGCACCUACAAGAACCUGGAGCAGCGGGUGCAGCUGGAGUGUGACGGGGUGCCCAUCUCGCUGCCCAGUCUGCAGGGCAUUGCUGUGCUCAACAUCCCCAGCUAUGCGGGGGGCAUCAACUUCUGGGGAGGCACCAAGGAGGACAACAACUUUGGAGCUCCAUCUUUCGAUGACAAGAAGCUGGAGGUGGUGGCAGUCUUUGGCAGUAUCCAGAUGGCCGUGUCGCGGGUCAUCAACCUCCAGCACCAUCGCAUCGCACAGUGCCGUGUGGUGAAGAUCACCAUUCGGGGGGAUGAGGGCGUCCCAGUGCAGGUGGAUGGAGAAGCCUGGAUCCAGCCACCCGGCAUCAUCAAGAUCCAGCACAAGAACCGAGCCCAGAUGCUGACACGGGACCGGGCAUUUGAAAACACUCUCAAGUCCUGGGAGGACAAGCAGAAGGGGGAGAGCUACCGUGCAGCUGUGCGGCCACGACUCAGCUCCCAGCAGUCCAUGGAGUACCUGACAGAGGAGGAGAGCAGCCUCUUGCAGCAGGUCUCGCGGGUGGCCAAGACCCUCAUCGCCAGGAUCCAUGAGGCAGCCAAGGCUCACAAAGCCAUGGAGCAGGAGCUGGCACACGCUGUCAACACCAGUUCCCUGGCACUGAGCGAGGCCCUCUCCAAUAAAACUGCAGGCACUUCGGAGUUUCUCAGCAGGAAUGCAGCUGUGGAGGUGGUGCUGAGCAUCAAGGAGCUGUACGCUGAGACCAGAGCAUUCCUGGAGGGGAAGGCGGUGAGUGGGGGUCCAGAGAGUGCCCUAAGCCCCCAGUGCAGGAACCUGUGCCUCUGGAGUGGCAGCAGUGCUGGGGACGGUCCCUGUUGCCCACAGCUGGACUCGCCACAGGAGGAGGAGGCUCUGCACGGGCCCCUGGGUGUGCUGGGCCAGGAGCUGCAGCGGCUGCUGGACAUCCACUGGCUGGGGCCCAUCACCCACCCCACUGAGGAGGAGGGCGCUGGCAGCACCAACAAGGGCAGCUUCAAGCUUCGCCUCAACAUCCCCAAGCCGAGGAAGGACAAGGCGCAAAAGCAGAAGACCAACAGCGUGCUCCCAGCAGAGAAGUGGGGCUCCGAGGAGGUGGCAGCUUGGCUGGAAGCACUCGGUUUAGGGGAGUACAGAGACAUUUUUGUCCGGCAUGACAUCCAGGGCUCUGAGUUGAUCCUGCUGGAGAGGAGAGACCUGAAGGACCUGGGCAUCACCAAAGUGGGCCACAUGAAGAGAAUCCUCCAGGCCAUUAAGGAGCUCAGCAACCCGCCCUAGACCAUGCCGUGUGCUGCCCUUAGGGACAAGGGGUCGGGCAGGGGGGCACAAGGUCCCUGCUGUGCCCUGUGCGUGUGGAGCGCCCCUGCUUGCCUUGCUUUAUCUGUUUGUCCCCCAGUGUCCCUGGAGCCGCUGCUUCUCCCCAAGCCUGUGGGGCUGGAAACACUGAAACUGAGGUCUAACCCCCCAUCCAGCCCCUGGCAGCGUCACUAGAGGAGCUGGGGCUGCCGUCUGUGUGCCCAAGCUGUGGCCAAAGCAGAGAUUCCCCUUUCCCACAUGGGUAUUUAAGCUGUGUAAAUAUCUGGAGAAGAGACACUCA